CAACAGGUCUGAAAAUAGGGAGAUCUGCUGCCAGCCAUUGCACACUUGUCGCGCGGGCCGCGGUACAUCGCUUAUUGGAAUCUGAUUUUAUAAGCAAUUCAUAAUCCUCACUCAAAAUGCCAGCACCAGAAGCUGUUCAUCACAGCCGCAUUUCCAAAUUUAAAUUCCAUGGCAAGCACGAAGAUGCUCGACGGAGAAGAACUGAAGUGUCUGUGGAACUGCGUAAAGCUAAAAAAGAUGAUCAAUUGCUUAAACGUCGUAAUCUUAAUAUACACGAGGAAGUAGUUAGUCCCCCUGGGGAUAGCAGAUCAAAAACAUCAGUAUCUAUGACCAUUGAUGAGAUUAUUUCUGGGAUGAACUCUACUGUUGAACCUAUUCAGCUGCAAGCUACACAAGCUUGUAGAAAGAUGCUCAGCCAGGAGAAAAAUCCACCAAUAGACAAUAUGAUUCAACAAGGCAUAGUGCCUCGCUGUAUUGAAUUUUUAAGCUAUCAUCACAACGCGGCACUUCAAUUCGAAGCUGCUUGGGCUUUAACCAAUGUAGCUUCUGGUACAUCAGAGCAGACCAAUGUAGUUGUAAAGCAUGGUGCUGUUCCCAAACUAGUAGCUCUACUAAAAUCAUCAUCCUCUAACGUGGCUGAACAGGCAGUAUGGGCUUUGGGUAAUAUUGCAGGUGAUGGACCAGGGCCACGAGAUUUGGUUCUCGGCUACGAUGCAAUGCCCCUUCUCUUAGAAUUGAUUAAGCCGGAUACAUCGGUAACAUUCGCUCGUAAUAUUGUGUGGACCUUAUCGAAUCUUUGCCGCAACAAAAAUCCUCCGCCGCCAUUUGAGAGUGUCAAGGCUGCUCUACCAGUAUUGAAUCGUCUACUGAAUAAUACGGACACCGACAUUCUCGCUGAUGCAUGUUGGGCUUUAUCAUAUUUGACGGAUGGCUCCAAUGAUAAAAUUCAAGCAGUCGUUGAAUCCGGUGUUGUUCCCAAGUUAGCGGAAUUACUGACUCAUAAUGAAGUCACAGUAUUGACACCAGCGUUACGAGCUGUUGGAAACAUCGUCACAGGAGAUGACGUGCAAACGGAUGCAAUAAUUACUGCAGGAGGAUUGCAACACUUGGGCAGAUUAUUGCAGCACAAAAAACUUAAUAUAGUAAAGGAAGCUGCAUGGACCAUCAGUAAUGUCACUGCUGGAAAUGCUGAACAAAUCCAGCAUGUUAUUAAUGCUGGGUUAUUACCACCUUUGAUACAAGUUCUCCAAGCCGGAGACUUCAAAUCUCAGAAGGAAGCAGCCUGGGCAAUAACCAACUUGACAUCCGGUGGAUCCGUUCAACAACUUGCCCAACUGGUCCAACUAGGUGUCUUGACUCCCUUCUGCAAUUUAUUAGAAGCAAAGGAUUGGAAAAUUGUUAUCGUCGUGCUAGAUGGUAUCACCAAUAUCCUGACUGCUGCAGAAAAGAUGGGAGAAAUUGAAAGAGUCGCUAUAAUGGUUGAGGAAGUCGGUGGACUGGAUAAGUUAGAAAAUUUGCAGCAGCAUGAAAAUGAACAGGUUUAUCAAAAGGCUAUGGCGAUGAUCGACACCUUCUUUUCGGACGGCGACGCCGAAGAUCAUAACGUUGCUGCCACAGUAACAGAGGAGGGCCAGUUGAAUUUUCAACCAGCCGAAGCCGCUCCUCAGGGUGGCUUCCAGUUUUAGAAGAUACAUUACUCGACCGGUUGAAAUCCUUUCCGAACUUACAGGGUGCACUUUUCAUUUGUAUAUAAUUAAUCGCCACGUCUUGUAAGACUAAUGAAAAUCGUCAAAAAUUCAUGGCUUCAAAGGUUAUUUCAUUGUUCGAUGUUUUCAAGCUGAAUUAUUGUUUUUUCUCUCGUCAGUGGUAUUCAUAAUCGAAAAAAGUUUUUUAGUAUAAAUUAUCGUCUAUUUGUGUAUUCUGGGGUUGUUCCUUUUCUUUUUGUUUCUUAUCGUGCAGUGCAGUAUAGAAAAUAUGGAAAGAAUAUCUGCGGACUGUAGCCAUUUUUUGCAGUGCAUUAUGCAUAUUAAUCGAUUCUAUUCGUUUAUUAAACAGGGUAUUUCGCUUUUGUUUUACACAGGCGACCCUCGUUAGCCCUCAAGUUUUCGACAUGUAGUCAAACUUUCUAAGGAUCUCGACAUUACAUUUUAUUCAAAUUACAGCUAAACAGAGCGUAUUUUGAUUUCGGCUAUGAAAUUUAUUAUACACAUAUCACUCGCCAUCAUUGUGAUGGAGAUCACAGUGAUUGAUUUAUUAUAAUUUCAUGUAGCGUUAGUUUAUAAUUUUACUAUCAUUGUUGAUUUACGUUUUAAGUAUUCCGAUCAGUACUGCCGCGUAAUGGGCAGUCAGAAAAUUUACUGUGUUCCAAAUAUUUGCUACUUUUUUCCUAAUAUCUAAUAAAGUUUUCAUAUAAAAUA